CCUGCCUCAGCCAGAUGCCUCCCUCCUUCUGUCGACCUUCCACUCCUCUUUCCUCUUAUAGGUCCACGGUCUUGUUAUCAGGAGACACUUUUCACCUGCUGCCUUUAUUCCGACAACACUAGCACCUCUCUGAGCUACAUCUGACCUGAAAAGAAAGUAAGAAAAAUCAACAUGGACGUGACAGUUGUGCUCCUGCUACUACUUCACUCAGUCAGAGGGACAGAAUUGCUUGAGCCUUCAGCACAACCAACUAAUUUUUCACUGCCAGAAGACAGUGACGCCUGGGCAUAUGCGUCCAUGCUGUUCGGCAAUGAAACAGAAGACUCACCCUCAUUUCAAGAGAACGUCACAAACGCCACCAUGAACAACACAGAAACAGACCUUUACAUCACAGGGUCUAACGAAACAUGGACAAGCAAAGAGGACGUGGAUAAUUAUGACAGAACAUUUGACAACGCAAGCACAAACGACACAAACCUCAACAUCACAGACACUAACGACACAAACAACACUAACACAAGCAAAGAUGAAAUGGGUUCUGGUUUUAGUGAUGCAGAAUCUGGUGAAACCACUCCAUCCCCCGACUAUAAUAUUACGAAGUCCAACAACCCAGAGGACAUAACCACCAUCACGACAAUCGCCGCCACCACCAGUGGCAUCAACAGCACCACCACCAGCACCACCACCACUACCGCCAGCACCAGCACCACCAGCACCAACAGCAGCCUUGAUGAUAGGAGAGAUAUUGUGUACACCGAAAAUAACAGGGCUGUGGAUUCAGCGGGGAGCAACACAAGGAACAAUAACGCAACGGCGUGGGCCAUAGUCAUCGGUACAGCUAUGGCUGUGGGUGUUGUGAGCCUGAUCGUCUAUAUCCUGAAGAAACGGAGGGACCACCGAGACUUCAACCACAGGAAGCUUGUGGAAGACCUACCCGCAGGACCAGUGCUCCGUCUGGACAGCUAUGAGAACCUGGGAAUGGGCACUUUGGCCUUCAACAACCCCGUGCUCCAAGGUGACGACAUCCAUAUGGACCACAUGGGCGGCUCACAGAACAAGCACUAGGAUUGAAAGAAGAGUCACAGGGCUGAACCAUCCAGGGUUUUUACACCAAAAAAAUCAACAUUGGAAGAUAAUGGCACUGUGCUUUAUGUACUGCAAUAUAUUAUAGCAAAGAGAUUACAAAUUGCUUUGCUAUUCCUGUUAAAUUUAGUAACAAGCAGGGCCUCUGUCCUAAAUCUCCCCAAGGAAUCUUCCGGAGCCUCAUAGCUCACAAAUGAGUCAGUCAUGAAGACCCAGGAACUCUCCCCAGUGCAUGUAACUCGACAAAUCAGGUGUAUUAUUUAAAGAAAAUCUCCCAAUACUUUCUAGCUAGAAAUGGCAGUUGCUACCUUUUUAAUGCAUAAAAGUUCUGUCAGGCCCUGAAAACGUGCCACAUUAAUCCAGUAUUGGAAAUAAUAUACAAAACAAAUUUACUGCGAUAUAAAAUUAAAAAUUAGAAACCUGUUCCAUUCUAGUUUUCUAACAACUUUCUAACACAAUAGGUGUGCCUGCAAAUUGGAGUAGGUUUUUUGGAUGGAUGAAAGGACGCUUGAAGAAAAUCCCUCACUCUCACAUGGAAAGCAAAGUGAGGCAAUCUCUGUCCGCUUUUCUGACAUGGUUCAGUUGAUUAAGGUUACAAGGUCUGGAGUACGAAGAGCUGGUCAUAGGCUCUUAAAGAAAUUAAGUAUUUAUGAUUUAAUCACUAAAUUAUUCAUGCUGGGAACACAACACCCUUCUAAAACCCAGCAGUCACAGGAGUGGAUGUAAGAUCUGCCAUAAUGUACAGUGUGGAUGAUUAAUGCAAAAUGUUAUAAGGUGCCAAAUGGUGUUUUUACUAAGGACAAAGCGAUGCAAAUGGUCUCCCAUUCCGUUUCCAUGGUAAUAGAAAAGGAAAGUGUAGCUGAAGUCAUAGAAGACCCCCGUGCUUACCCCAUAUGGCCAUAAAGAUGGCGAAAAACACUGUGCCGCCGUUGUCAAAGAGAUGGGUGACCUAGGGAGGCAUGAGAGAGGCAAUUUUACAUCCAGAAUUGAAGAAACCCACAAUCUGCACCUACAUAUAGACUGCAGGACAGUUAGGCAAAUUAUAUGAGGAUAAAGGGAUCAGUCCCUUUCAGACAGAUACUGGCUGGGGCUUAUCCAGAUAGCUUAGGAUGGUUCGGAUGCAUUGAUCCUUACAUAGGAAUGGGUCUGACACAAUGCCCUUUAUAUGAAACAAUGUUCAGAUAAGGAAACACUGUCCCACUGCGGGAACAACAAACAUAAAAGGUGGUGGCUUGCUCUUCUAUAUGGCGAAACUGAACGAGAGAUGCCUUUUAACACGGCACUUAUCAUAGAACAUACACAUCUUAACCUUAACAUGCUGCACAAAGUACAUGGUAUGUGGUCAAGUGAAAUGUGUACUGUAAUUGUAAAGUAAAAAUAGUCAAUACACAGACCAAAUAUGAUGAAUUCAGCACUAAUAAAAAUGUAAUUUCUUUUAA